UUCUGUCUGAUAAAGACGCAGAUAUGAAGAGAAGAAAGUUGUUGUUUAAGAAUUAAAUAUGCUUCACGAAUUGCUACUUGCAUUAUCCGGAAUCCCAGGAUCUCUGUUUAGGGAAAAUCCUCAGAAUAAAGAAAUCGAGGUUGUGAGAGAAAUUGAGUUUAUUCACCCAAGUGAAAUCGAGCAACUGCAAUUGCUUUGCAAGCUUGGGUCUUACUAUCAACUCUUUGUCAGCUUCAUACAGAAAUAUGAUGUAAACCUCACAUCUGUGCAAAUCUUUACAAAUGCAGAUAUUGGUGACAAUGAUUCAAGAAAUGGCAUCUACAUUAGAGCAUUUGCUUCUGGCUUCAAAGAAAUCCUAAAACCAUAUCAAGAAAUUCUUAUUAGGCUGGAAAAUGAAGUUCUCAAGGAUUCAGCUAUGCCACUUUCUUACAUCUUUGGUGCAUUAGAAACAUAUCAUAUUCUUUUCCCAAUAUUAGCUGAGCUCAUUGAGAUCAUUGAAUCAAAGAAGGUUCAUGGAUGCCAGAUUCUAGAUCUGUUGCAUGAGCACUCAUUAUGUGGAAUGCCUGAUGUUAAAGAUGCUUUAGAAAGGGUUCUUCAUGUCUGCCAUUCAGUGCUUUUUAAGCAGCUCAGUGCUUGGAUGUUACAUGGCAACUUACUGGAUCAGUACAAUGAAUUCUUUAUUGCGAUUGGCCCUCAAAAGCAGGGAGAGAAAGCCAAAGAAGAUGAGCCAGCUCUACAGCCCCAAGCUGGGGUCAUCAUUAGAGGCAUCACUGGUAGAGACCUAGAAAAAUUGAAGGCAGAAGAUAAUGCUGACGAGGUUGUAAAGGAUGAAGCUGUGGUUGCUAAUGUUGCCCCAGAAAUGCUGCCUAGAUAUAUCACAUCACGGCUAGUUGAAAAGAUUUUAUUCAUCGGCCAAUCAGUAAAGAUGUUUAAGGAUACAGGCCAAGAAAAGAAAUUAUUCACAGCUUUUGAAAAAGUGGACAUAUUACAAGGCAGAGAAAGAGAGUUUCUACUGUCACUGCAAGAGCUUGAAAGAGAACCUUUAUUCUCAGUCGCAAAACUGGAAUUUCAAGUGGACAAAAUAAAAACAUGCGUUGCUGAACAAUUAUGGAAGCUCGUUGUUGAAGAUGGUGAAUUGCUGAAACAGAUGAGGUAUAUCAAAGAAAUUUACUUACUUGGUAGAGGAGAGCUUUUCCAGACUUUUAUUGACCGAGCGCAAAGCAUUCUGAAGGCACCCCCGUCGCCAGUUCUGUCAUACGAUCUUAAUUCCUCCUUUGAAAGAAGUCUUCGCGAGAUUUUACUUGAAAGCGAAGACUACCGUUCCUUCCAAAUGAAGUUGGAAACAAUUGAUCCUAAAGAUAAAAACAAGCAAGGAGAUGAAACGAGUGGUUGGGAAAGCAUUUUUGUGGAAUAUUCUGCUCCUUGGCCGCUCCAUUUGUUGUUUACACGGAACAUCAUAAAGAGGUACAAUGUUAUUUUUCGGUUCCUUUUCGGGGUGAAAAGGACCCAGUUGGAUCUACAGACUUUAUGGGCACUUCAAAUGGUGCGAAAGAGAUCAAAGGAUGACAGCAGGGUAAUAGGGGCGGCCAAGACAUGGAGCUUGAGGAGGAAAAUGGCUUUUCUUAUCGAUAAUCUGCAAUAUUAUCUCCAGGUUGAUGUGCUAGAAGCCCAGUUCUCAGAACUUGUCCAUGCGAUAAAAGAAACACGAGAUUUCGAGAGCAUCCAGACGGCACAUGAUCGUUUUCUUACCAAACUGAUGGCCCAGUGCUUCAUCACAAUGAAACCUGUCUUCAAUACCCUUGGGGAAGUUUUGAAGAUUUCCCGUAUGUUUAGUGAAGUCGUUACUAUGAAUGUGGACAAGUGGACUGAGCGAGAGCAGAGCCGGUCGGAAGAACUCGGAAAGGCAUUCGAGCAACACUCGCUGCUGCUAUUCAAGAUUCUUUCAAGCGUUCGCAGCCACCAGGUGUCGCCUCAUCUUGCCCAGCUUCUCCUCCGCAUUGACUUUAAUAAGUUUUUUAGCAUGAGCCGAGGAUUUCCUGCUUCGACUUGACUUCUGAUAGAAGCAAACUCCUCAACUGAAGAUCAGUGCUGUAAUGUAUCAUCCCCCCGUCCUUGUAGUCAAAGAAUACUAUGUUCAUUAAACUCAAUAACUGCGCAUGCUCUUCCAUUCGACUGUAAACAGUGGGUGGCUCACCCAUAAGAUUUCCGCCUGUUCGCCUGUCUUAAAAAAGUGUAAAUAAAUGAAGAGAAUUUUGAUAUCUGUUUGUUUUUAUUGACUAAUUUCGUUGGUGGAACGUCGCAAUCAACGAAUACAAGACCUUGCUUUGAAAUUCUAGCCCCAGUGUCUUCAGGUCCCCCUGAAAGAUGGUAAAAAUUGUUUUUUUUAUUUGUAUUUGCUAGUUAGCAUACCAAGGUAGUUUUAGGACACCGAGAAGCUGUGCUUAUGAAGCAGUGUCCUAGUCCUUCCACUCAAUGUGACCACACACCUCGUGAUUCCUACGCCUGCUGACCUCGCACUCAAUGUGACCACACUCUGCCUCGCACCUAUCAAACAGCGACAAGAAAAUUGUUGAAGAAAAAUGCCUCUAGCGAGAAUGAAUGUUAUUUCAGGUGAAUAAAUAGAAUUAUAUUUUAUCAUCGUAACAAUUUUAAAAUAUGCCUCGUAGAAAAACCUAUUGUACUUCUAUAAACUAACUGCCCUGGAACACCAUAUACAUAGCAACAAUGACGGGCAAUCACUACUUAAAAAUCGUACAAAUUUCCAAAAUCAAGAAUAAAAAAUUUAUUUACACAGACCUUUCGAGUAAUGUUUCAAUUAAUAUCAAACUUGAUAAUUCUAAGUUUAAUAAACCUUGUGGUUAGCUGAACAGCCUAGAGGCUAUUAAAAAUCAGAAACUUUCCGCUUCGCGAUCAAUCAGAAACUUUCUACAAAUACAUCACAAUAAAUGUCUUUUUUGGGGUUACUUACUGCGCAAAGAAACACUAUAUUCCUCAUGCAGCCUUAUACCUGGGACAAAAGGCACAAUCUCCCGACGCAUUUUGAUGCCCAUUUAAAUUUUCCAUUGGUUGGACUCACUCUAUGGUUGGACUAUUGCAUAUAACGACGUAUCCAAUCGGCAACGCAAGACUAAUUUUCAGGGUUUUCUCAAUUGUAAGCGCGCUGCAAAGCCGAUAGUUAACUCUAAAGGAAUGACAGAAGGGGCAUCAUGCCUUUAGAUCAUUAGACCCUCUCUGGGAAAAGCUGAGGAUGAAAAGGGAAAAAAGUUUGAUUGUAUAGUGAAUUCUGUCCAACUUCUGACUUUCGUCUAGCGAUCAUGCAGACCCGGUGCUAUAGACGGGUUCACUUGUCUUGAUCUUCCUUCUCUAUUCCCGCUGCUUACGAAUGCGUCUUAAACGGGAUUUGUUUAACUUGUCUUUAAUUUGGUCAAUUUUUAUGUUAUUUCUAGUUUAAUUUGAAGGGACGACCCAAUCUUUCACAUUAGGAUAUUUGCAUAUCAAUUUACAAGCUGCGCAAAACGCGUUGGUUUGUGAUAUUCAGUUUCUGCGUUAUAACCGUCAGAUCGGAUCGCCAUCAGAUCGGUUAACCGUCAAAAUAAAACAGGGAAACUGUAAGUGAACUUCCACUCCAGUCUUUUUGUUCACGCGCAUAACACGAUCGAGCCUCCGCAAUCAUUUUUUGGGAUCGCUAGAGGGACUUAGCGCAAACAAGCGGCAAGUACUAGACUAUGAGACUGCACGCUGCGAAUAAACGAACAAAAACUAGAGUGGAAAUCGGCCUAAAAAGAGCUUUUAGCUACAAGAUACCUGUCGUACAACACUUUGAAGUGUUAAUCUAAAUGUCGGUUAUAAAUUCAAAUUUUAUAUUGUCGAAUUUCUUUAAAAUAUAUUGCGGUAUCACAGCAUCUUUGUUUAAACGGCCAUUUGCCCCUGUUGCCGUAUCCUUCGACAAAGUACCCUCGCUUGAACCUGUGACCCCGAUUGCCGCUACACCGGACAUGCGUUCGUAAGGGCUUUCGUCGAUGCUAUCAUGCUCUAUCGGCCUCUUAGUGGCCUCGUUACAAGGUCCCGAUUCACUCGCAGCCUCGCCAAUUGGCUCACUGUUCUCUUCCAAUCUACGUAGACCGUUAUUGUUGAAGGUUGGUUUUUGAAUGAUAUCAUUGCUGCUUUGUUGUGAAUUUUGUGACAUCAUAGCUGAAUGUUUUGAGACAUUGGGUGACUUUUCCAAGCUCAAAGUGCUGGAGCGAUAUAUAUUUUCGUAACUCGCACUUACUUUGGCGUUAAAUGUUGGCCCACAUAAGUUGUUGAUAUUGUUAGGGAUCGAUAAUGUUUUCCCAAAUUUGCUGUGGUUGAUUUUGGCUUCCCAUUGUAAUGAUCUCCUUGAAGAAAGUUCUGUUAAUUUUUUCGAAAACAAUCUCAUAUCCUCAUAUUCAUUAGAAGAAUGAGUAACAGUAGAAUUUCCAGUGUUUUCCUUUGUACCUUUUCCCACGUAGAUACUUUGUGUAUGCUGGAAAAACGCGUCACGAUCAAUCGAGCCACCGCUGGCUUGCGAUUCGCUGUCAGAGCUUGAACUGCAAUGGUCUGGCGUUUGUCCUUUUGUCGCCGCAAGAUUCGGCGGCGAUGGCGGCAAGAGCAUUGACGGCAAUGGCAUCGGCGGGCGUAGAUUUAUGUAUUCAGGACCUUUAGAUUUAUAUAAAUCCGGUAUUACUUCAUAUAGGUCUUCCGUUGACGAUAAAUGGCUAGCUUUCGGUUUUGGGGCCUCUUUCUUUGCAUCAGGGCUCCUCACAUACCCGUACGUGUCCUCUGGUUGGAAUUCUUCUUUUAUUUUCUGACAUUUGUUACAGAAAUGCCUUUUUCGCAGCUUUUCAUUCCGGGAAAUAUUUGUGUAAUCCUUUGUCGUAAACUGUGGCGACCC